GGUCCGAGAAAUAUUGGGAGCUGUGGCAUAUUAACCUACAAAUUAUUUUUCCGCAUGAGAAAUACAAUGUGUGGCGGGAGUGCGUGACAAAAGACUGAAAAGAGUGACUAUAACGCUCAAUGCGUGACACUUUUGAGCCCUGAACAUGUGUAAAACAAAAGUUUGGUCCAAGAUGCCCGGUGUUGUUUUCAGCUGAGAUUUGCAGCUGUUGUGGGCAGGAGUGCCGUACGCCUAAAGAUAGGGUGGGGUCUUUCUCGUAAGCUAUACUCCCUCGGCAUUCAUGCCUUAUAUGCGACGGUUGUAGCCACUCCACGCCAUAUGCUUUCAGACAAACGCAUGGAAAUACCUUUGUAUCGAAAAGAAAAAAAAAUAAUUAUCGCAGAAAACAGUUAACAAGUGUGAAAUCUGUGUCAAGCAGAUUGAGAGCUCAACGUGUAGCUUAAUUCAGUCAUAAAUCGCCUAUACAGCCUUUUAACAAACAUGUACGGCUUGCAAGCACAACCAAACAUGUACCCCCCUCCUACUGCAAAUUUCCAAGGUUUGGCAAGUCCCCCGAUGGGUUUUGCCAGCAUCCCAGGCUAUGAUGGUGUAGGUGGAGGUGGAUUCCUCCCUCCUCCUCCGAUUCCUGCAAAUCCAUUCCCUCAGCCUGAGCCGCACAAUGUGGACUGCUGUGUCCCACCGCUGACUGAGGAAGCUGCACGCAGCGCCCUUAAGGAGUAUGUGUCUGGUCAUUGCUGCUAUGGCUCAGACCCCGUAAAUGAUGGGAAGAUCACCGAGAUGAAGGCAUUCAACACCUACAGGUACCGCCUGGAAACCUUCACGGAGUCCAGAUCUACAGAGUGGAGCCAGGAGCCUUACACUGGUCAGUCAGUCGAUGCGCAUAUUCAAAUGGCACCAACUCCCUGGAAUAUCCCUGCCCAGCCCCCAGAAAUGUUUAAAGACACCACCAAAGACAUCAAGGUUCCCAACACCUCAUCUCUCAAGGAUUGUGAUACCUGUCAUGCCAAUGGGACAAUAAAGUGCACCAUAUGUGAGGGCUCUGGAAAACGUCAUCUUGGAGUUUCCAGCAGUGACGGAGACAACAGCGUAGCUGAGAGCACGUGUUUGGAUUGCAGUGGGAAGGGGACACAGGAAUGUAAGACCUGCAAAGGCAAGGGGAAACUCGUGGUUUACAUCAACCUGAAAGUCAAAUGGACUAACAAUAAAUCGGACUAUACUAUGGAACAAUCCAGCGGCUUGAAGUCUGACACCAUCAGUACUGUGUCUGGAAAGAAACUGUUAGAGGACACCAAACUGCUGGUGUACCCCGUAAUGGGAUUCCCAGACGCCCAGCUGAAUCAUGAGUCCGAGCGCUUGGUGAGGGAGCACCAGGCACAGUACUCCCAAACGGCCCGCAUCCUCCAGCAGCGGCAAACGAUUGAAUACAUUCCAAUAUCAAAGGUAACAUACACGUGGAAAGAGCGGCCGCUCUCAUAUAUCGUGUAUGGGAAUGAGCAUAAGGUCUACACCAACGAUUACCCUGCCACCUGCUGCUGCACUAUACUGUAGAGCAGAAAGCCUGCUGCUCUGUAUAACUGAUCACACCUAAUAAAUUGUCAUCAUAUAUAUAUGUUUAGAGUCAAAAAUACUGAGCAUGUGGAGCAUUAUUGUGACAAUGUAAUGCUACAUUGUGCUGUAAUGCUACGUGCAUUCAUUUUUCUGCAUUUAUUUUUUUUGAUUUGGGAGCAAGUAUUACAAUAUAAUGGUAUAUGUGAACGUUGUAUAGUAGUGUAGAAAAAAUAUAAAUGUACUCACCUCUAUUAUUGAUGGUUUAAUGACAUAUCUUUUCAUAAAUAUUAUAGCUUUAAUCUUUAUACUAUUACAGGUGUGAUGGAUAUUAAUAUGCAAAACUGUGUUUUGGAUAUUUAUAGCUGAUAUCAAAUCACCAAAUACUGACCCUUGUAGUUAUAACAACACUGACCACUAUAAUUAUAGAACACAGAUCCAUCAUGAAAGGUUAGAGUUCAGGAGACAAUGUAUUGAUGUACCUGGGUUGUAACUGUAUGGAAAAACUGUAUGGGGGAAAAAAGCAAAUAAAACUAUCGGCUUCAGAGUUUCUUCA